GUGAGAAUGAUCUCCGGGACGCGGUCGGACACGAGUCUUGUCCAGCCGCGUUCCUGCUCGCUCAGUCCUUAACUAACCUUCCUUUCACCAACGUACAGACGCAAUGGCCGAAGACACAGAAUGGAAUGCUGCGUUGCGAGCGCAGGGAAUCCUCCCCGCGGAACCUGAGGUCACAGAAGACCAAAUAAACGAAAUGCUUGACCAAGUGAUAUCAGAGAAGUAUGGCGAGAAAGCCUUGGAAGACCGCAAUUUGGACGAACUCGACGAGCUUGAGGACGAAGAAGACGACCGGGUCUUAGAGGCGUAUCGUCGUCAGCGCAUCGCUGAAAUGAACGCUGCUGCAAGGUUGGAGAAGUAUGGCACUGUCACCCAAAUCUCGAAGCCAGAUUAUACAGUGGAAGUGACGGAGGCAAGCAAAGACACAUGGGUUGUCUUGCAUCUGUUUCAGAAUCAUAUCCAAGCCUGUAAACUCAUCAACGGCAUCCUCGAGCGCAUCGCUGCUCGGUAUCGCUCAACAAAAUUCCUAAAAAUCGUUGCGGACCAAUGUAUACCAAACUACCCAGAUCGCAACGUGCCGACAUUAUUGAUAUACGGCGAGGGGGAUCUGAAGCGCAAUCUGGUUGGGAUCGAGCAGCUUGGUGGGAUGGGCACGACCGUAGACCAUGUGGAGAAGCUGCUCAAGUCAAUUGGCGCUAUUCACGAUACCGUCCUUACCACACGGCGGGGUGACGGAGAUGACGAUGAAGAAUCGGAUCAGAGGCGAUCUGGAUUUCGAGUGAACCGGGCCAGCAAGGAGGACGAGGAUGAUGAUGAUUGGGAUUAGUGGGCGAUCUUACUACAAUACAUAUCUCCCACACCCAACACGCUGGGAUUACCCUAGUAAUUAGCUAACCUAUUCACGACCUCACAACUACAGGCAAACGGCGCCCUUAUCCCCCCUAGUACACAUCUGAGCUCUACCCUCAAAUGGGGAUGUUCAACUGGAC